UAAAUUCACCAAUCAAUCAAUCAAUCAAUCAAUCAAUCAUCAGCAAUCAAUAUACAUAUAAUAACAAAAGUCACUUUUAUAAAGCGAUUCAAACGCCGUGGGACAGCUGGGAGAGAAAUCCACACCAUAGCUGUUGGCCACCCCCCACUCCCACCCGGGUCUCGGAUUACAGCCGAGGAUCCCUCCGAGAAUCUUCGGCACCCUUCGGCAGUCCUCGGGAAAGCCUGGCCUGGCUCGGUCUGUGGAUUUUAUUUAACAGUGAAGAAAACGCAAAAUUCAAAACCAGGACAACUUGCUUUGUACAGCUGUGGAACUUUACAAAAACUUUACAAAAAAAACUUUACAAAACUUUACAAAAAGAUUUACAAAACUUUACAAAAAACUUUACGCGCCUUUACAAAACACUUUACAAAACUUUACAAAAGCGCCAGCUUGAAAAACGCAAGCGAGAGAGAAGAGAGAGGAGAGAGGAGAGAGAAUUAUCAGCCAGAGCAGUCAAUGAAUUAAUUUAGAAAUAUAUUAAUAUAUAUGUAUUUAUAUAUUGAUUUUUAUUUUUCACUUGACUCAAUUUUUGGCACUUGAGAACACUCUAUAUAUACAAAUCAAUACAUAGAUUACAAACACAUAUAUGUAAUCUUUUUUUAAAAAAACAUUCACCUUAGUUUUUUCUAAGCUCCCCAGUUUAUUGAUAUAAAUCAGCAUCUCUAUACAUAUUCAUCCCUCUGUAGAUGUUUAUAUAGAUCAAUAGGGAAUUAACUCUCAAUACAAACACGAUCACUUCAAUUGAUCAGAAAGGAAACACGAAUCGAUCCCGCCUCACGCCGAACCCACUAGAGUGGCAGUCUCACUGGCCAGGCGUCAGUAGAUCGAUAUCUAUCACUUAUUGAUCGGUGAUUGGCUUCGAAACCAGUUCACGAAAGGGGGACCGAGGCAAAACAAUUCUCCAAAUUCCUUCGGGAAACGUCCUGGUCGAUCAGCCAGCGUACAGAUCCACCCUGUCCAAUCAAAUUAUUAUUAUUAUUAUCAGUAUUAUUAUUAUUAUUAGUAUUAUUAUCAUUAUUAUUUCAUUUUGUUUGGGGAAGGUUCCGGCUCGACCCGAAUUCGAUUUCAUUUCGUUGUCUGAUUUGAUCUGAUUUGAUUUGAUAUUUUUUGGGGGGUUUUUUUUGGGGGGGGGUUGGUGUAUUUCACCAGGACCUGCCUCUAUGCUCCUGGCCCGGGUGCCUAUGAUGAGAGAUCGCUAGAGAACGCUGGAGCGGAUCUCUUUUCCGAACCCUUCGUUGGUUUCCAAUGAUCGUUCCCGUUGUCGGUCGUGUUGUUGUUUGUCGUUGUUGUUUAUCGCUGCCUCUUUCUGGAGAUGGACGAAGGCGAGUCAUUUGGGACGUCUCUCACACCGGACUGCGUGCCUCUUCUCGCUGUUUACAUCGUCUCCUACACUAACGCCCCCUCCGCCACCACUGUCUUCAAGACUCGACAUGUAACUGCUGUUGGCCCCGCCCCCCAGUCACCCUCUCAUCCAAUCCAGUGAAAGCAGAAGGGACAUGAGCCAAUCGCGAUGUCUGUUGCCGCGGUGACGAGCGUACGAAAACCCACCUCUCCCUCCUCCUGGCUCCUCCUCUUCCUGUUCCUGUACUGCCUCUGCUCGUGGGUGGGGCUGCCGGGAGUGGGCGGGGCCACACCCUGCCCCGCCCCCUGUUCCUGCUCCAAUCAGGCGAGCCGAGUGAUUUGCACAAGGAGAGACUUGCAGGAAGUUCCAGAAAGCAUUUCUGUGAAUACAAGAUAUCUGAAUCUACAAGAGAACACGAUACAGGUGAUCCGGACCGACACGUUCAAGCAGCUGCGUCACCUGGAGAUCCUGCAGCUCUCCAAGAACAUGAUCCGCAAGAUCGAGGUGGGAGCUUUCAACGGCCUGCCCAACCUCAACACCCUGGAGCUCUUUGAUAACCGCCUCACCCUGGUGCCCACCCAGGCCUUCGAGUACCUGUCCAAACUGAGAGAGCUCUGGCUGAGGAACAACCCCAUUGAGUCCAUCCCUUCCUACGCCUUCAACCGGGUCCCCUCCCUGCGCCGGCUCGACCUGGGGGAGCUCAAGAGGCUGGAGUACAUCUCCGAGGCUGCCUUCGAGGGGCUGGUCAACCUUCGUUACCUGAACCUGGGCAUGUGCGCCCUCAAGGACAUCCCCAACCUCACCCCCUUGGUCCGGCUGGAGGAGCUGGAGCUGUCGGGCAACCGGCUGGAGAUCGUGCGCCCGGGGUCCUUCCAGGGGCUGGUGGCGCUCAGGAAGCUGUGGCUGAUGCACGCCCAGGUCUCGGCCAUCGAGAGGAAUGCCUUCGAUGACCUCAAGAGCCUGGAGGAGCUCAACCUGUCCCACAACGGCCUCCGCUCGCUGCCCCACGACCUCUUCACCCCCCUGCACCGGCUGGAGAGGGUGCACCUCAACCACAACCCCUGGGCGUGCAACUGCGACGUGCUGUGGCUGAGCUGGUGGCUGAAGGAGACGGUGCCCAGCAACACCACCUGCUGCGCCCGCUGCCACGCCCCGCCCGCGCUCAAGGGCCGCUACAUCGGCGAGCUGGACCAGUCCCACUUCACCUGCUACGCCCCGGUGAUCGUGGAGCCCCCAACAGACCUCAACGUGACCGAAGGGAUGGCCGCGGAGCUCAAGUGCCGGAGUGGGACCUCCAUGACUUCUGUCAACUGGCUGACCCCCAACGGGACCCUCAUGACUCACGGCUCCUACCGGGUGCGGAUCUCGGUCCUCCACGACGGGACCCUGAACUUCACCAACGUCACGGUGCAGGACACGGGCCAGUACACCUGCAUGGUGACCAACUCGGCGGGCAACACAACAGCCACGGCCGUCCUGAACGUCUCGGCGCCCGACGCCAGCAACAGCUACACCUACUUCACCACGGUCACCGUGGAGACAGUGGAGUCAGUGCAGGAGGAGGCAGCCGUCAGGCAGGAGGUCAACGAGUCCGCGGUCGCGUUCACGCCCCGGGCGGGGUGGGGGGGAGGGGGGAGCGUUCCCGCCACGACCUCCUCCCCGCGGCCGCGCCCCACCACGGGGCGGGCGUCCUUCGCCCUGCCCGUCACGGAGGCGGUGGAGAACCUCUCCGGGCUGGAUGAUGUGAUGAAGACCACAAAAAUCAUCAUUGGCUGUUUUGUGGCCAUCACCUUCAUGGCCGCCGUGAUGCUGGUGGUGUUUUACAAGCUUCGCAAGCAGCACCAGUUUCACAAGCACCACGGCCCUGCCCGCGCCGUGGAGAUCGUCAACGUGGAGGACGAGCACCUCUCCUCGGGGGGGGCCGGGGGCCACGGGCCUGUCGGGGGCCUCUCCGGGGGGACUCUCUCUGGCGGGGUCCGCCUCCCGUCCUCCCUGCCCGCGACACGCGCGACGAUAAACGCCUCGAUGACCACCUCAAUAUUGUUGUUGGACAAAACCCCACCCAACGAAGACAACCUCGUUUCUUGCCGUGGGGGGCGCUUCUGUCGGCGGGAAUCUGCUUUCCUGGGGGGGGAGGGGGAGGUUUGGGGGGGUUCGGGGGACCCCCUCCCCCAGCUUCCUCGGCGUUUCGGGGGUCACAGGUGUCGCAUAAGGUCAAGGCGGGGUUCGCUGGUGACGUCCUCUUCAGUUUCACGAGCCCCCUGCUGUUUUAAGGGAGGCUCCAAGGAGAACACAAGAGAGAGAGGAGAUAAGAGGCUCUUCUGCUCGGCGAGCGCGCGCGCACGCGAGCGCUGCUCGGCUCGCCGGCGCCGGAGGCGCGCACUAGGCUCGUCGGUCGCGCGCUCCUCGCUGCCUCGUGUUCGCGGCGGCGCUGACUCGACGCCGACGCGCAGAAUGCGCACGGAGCGCGGCGAGCGCGCAGACAGCGCGCGCAUGAGCGGGACGCGCCCGACGACGGAGCGCGAAGCGCGCUGA